AUGCAUUUAUUUAGUUCCCGUUUACUUCUAAAGCCGUUUAUUUCGUUUUCCUUUCCUUCUCUUUCCCUUCCGGCUCUUUCCCUUCUUUCUCUUUCCCUUCCUUCUCUUUCCCUUCUGUCUCUUUCCCUUCUGUCUCUUUACCUUCUUUCUCUUCCUCUUCCUUCUCUUUCCCUUCCUUCUCUUUCCCUUCUGUCUCUUUACCUUCUUUCUCUUCCUCUUCCUUCUCUUCCUUCUCUUUCCCUUCUUUCUCUUUCCCUUCCUGCUCUUUCCCUUCUUUCUCUUUCCCUUCCUUCUCUUUCCCUCCUGUCUCUUACCUUCUUUCUCUUCCUCUUCCUUCUCUUCCUUCUCUUUCCCUUCUUUCUCUUUCCCUUCCUGCUCUUUCCCUUCUUUCUCUUUCCCUUCCUUCUCUUUCCCUUCUGUCUCUUUACCUUCUUUCUCUUCAUCUUCCUUCUCUUCCUCUUCCUUCUCUUUCCCUUCUUUCUCUUUCCCUUCUGCCUCUUUACCUUCUUUCUCUUCCUCUUCCUUCUCUUCCUUCUCUUUCCCUUCUUUCUCUUUGCCUUCCUGCUCUUUCCCUUCUUUCUCUUUCCCUUCCUUCUCUUUCCCUUCUGUCUCUUUACCUUCUUUCUCUUCCUCUUCCUUCUCUUCCUCUUCCUUCUCUUUCCCUUCUUUCUCUUUCCCUUCCUUCUCUUUCCCUUCUUUUUCUUCCUCUUCCUUCUCUUUCCCUUCAUUCUCUUUCCCUUCCUUCUCUUUACCAUUUUCUCUUUCUCUUCCUUUUCUUGUCCCUUCUUUCUCUUUCCCUUGCUUCUAUUUCCUUUCCUUCUCCUUCUUCUUUUCUCUUCCUUCUCUUCCCCUUCCUUCUCUUCAUUUUCCUUCUCUUUCCCUUCUUUUUCUUUCCCUUCUUUCUCUUCCUCUUCCUUCUCUUUCCCUUCUUUCUCUUUACCUUCAUUCUCUUCUUCUUCAUUCUCUUCUUCUUCCUACUCUUUCCCUUCUUUCUCUUUCCCUUCCUUCUCUUCCUCUUCAUUCUCUUUCUCUUCUUUCUCUUUCCCAUCUUUUUCUUUCCCUGCUUUUUUUCCAUUCCUUCUCUUUUCCUUCUUUCUUUUUCCAUUCCUUCUCUUUCCCUUCUUUCUCUUUACCUUCUUUCUCUUUCCAAUCGUUCUCUUCCUUCUCUUUCCCUUUUUCUUUUUCCCUUACUUCUCUUCCUUUUCCUUCUCUUUCCCUUCGUUCUCUUUCCCUUCCUUCUCUUCCGCUUCCUUCUCUUUCCCUUCUUUCUCUUUCCCUUCCUUCUCUUUCCAUUCUCUCUCUUUCCCUUCCUUCUCUCCCUCUUCCUUCUCUUUCCCUUCUUUCUCUUUACCUUCUUUCUCUUCCUCUUCCUUCUCUUCCUCUUCCUUCUCUUUCCCUUUUUUCUCUUUCCUUCCUUCCUUCCUCUUCCUUUCUCUUUCCCUUCUUUCUCUUUCCCUUCCUUUCCCUUCCUUUUCUUUUCCGAUCUUUAUCUUAACAUCCUUCUCUUUCACUUCCUUCUCUUCAUCUUCUUUCUUUUUCUCUUUCUUCUCUUUCCGUUCUUUCUCUCCCCUUCUUUCUCUUUACCUUCUUUCUCUUUACCUUCUUUCUCUUCCUCUUCCGUCUCUUUCACUUCUUUCUCUUUCCCUUCUUUCUCUUUCCUUUUUUCUCUUUCCCUUCUUCCUUCUCUUUCCCUUCUUUCUCUUUCCCUUCUUUCUUUUUCCCUUCUUUCUCUUCCUCUUCCGUCUCUUUCCCUUCUUUCUCUUUCCCUUCCAUCUCUUCCUCUUCCUUCUCUUUCCCUUCUUUCUCUUUUCCUUCUUUUCUUUUCCCUUCUUUCUCUUUCCCUUCCUUCUCUUUCCCUUCCUUCUGUUUCUUUCCUUCCUUCUUCUCUUCCCUUCCUUCUUUUCCUUCUUUCUCUUUCCCUUCCUUUUCUUUCCCUUCUUGCUCUUUCCUUUCCUUCUGUUUUACUUCUUCCUUCCUCUUUCUAUUCCUUUCUCUUCUUUCUUUCAUUCUCUUUCCUUCUUCAUUCUCUUUCCCUUCUUUCUUCCUUCUCUUUCUUCCUUCUCUUUCCUUUCAUUCUCUUUCCCUUCUUUCUCUUUCCCUUCUUUCUCCCUCUUUUCUCUUCCUUUUCUUUUUCCUUCUUUCUCUUCCCCUUUUUUCUCUUUCUCUUCCUUUUCUUUUUCCUUCUUUUUCUUCCCCUUCCUUCUCUUCAUUUCCUUCUUCUUCUUCUUUUUCCUUCCUUCUCUUUCCCUCUUCUUUUUUUUUUCUUUCCUUCUUUUCUUUCCUUCUUUCUCUUCUCUUCUCUUUCCCUUCUUUCUCUUUACCUUCAUUCUCUUCUUCUUCAUUCCCUUCCUCUUCCUUCUCUUUCCCUUCUUUCUCUUUCCUUCCUUCUCAUCCUCUUCAUUCUCUUUCUCUUCUUUCUCUUUCCCUUCUUUCUCUUUCCCUACUUUCUUUUCCCUUUUUCUUUUCCUUUUUCUUUUCUAUUCCUUUUUUCCUUUUUCUCUUUCUUCUUUCUCUUUCCGUUUUCUUCCUUCUCUUUACCUUUUUUCUUUUUCCUUUCCUUCUCUUCCUUCUCUUUUCUUUCGUUCUUUUCCCUUCUUUUUUCCUUUCCUUCUCUUUCCCUUCCUUCUAUUUCCCUUCUCUCUUUCCCUUCUUUCUCUUUCCCUUCCAUCUGUUCCUCUUCCUUCUCUUUCCCUUCUUUCUCUUUUCCUUCUUUCCCUUUUCCUUCUUUUCUUUCCUUCUUUCUCUUUCCUUUCUUCCCUUCCUCUUCCUUCUCCAUUCUUUCUUUCCCUUCCUUUUCUUUCCCUUCUUUCUGUUUCCCUUCUUUCUUUUUCCCUUCUUUCUCUUCCUCUUCCGUUUCUUUCCCUUCUUUCUCUUUCCCUUCCUUCUCUUCCUCUUUGCUUCUAUUUCCCUUCUUGCUCUUUCCUUUGCUUCUCUUCGUCUUCCUUCUCUUUCUAUUCCUUCUCUUUCCUUUCAUUCUCUUUCCCUUCAUUCUCUUUCCCUUCAUUCUCUUUCCCUUCUUUCUCUCCCUCUUCCUUCUCUUUCCAAUUCCUUCACUUUUUCUUCCUUCUCUUUCCCUUAUUUCUCUUUCCUUUCCUUCUCUUCCCCUUCCUGCUCUUUCCCUUCUUUCUCUUUCCAUUCCUUCUCUUCAUCUUCCUUUUCUUUCCCUUCUCCAUCUUUCCUUCUUUUCUCUUCCUUCUCUUUUCCUUCCUUCUCUUUCACUUGCUUCUUUUCCUCUUCCAUCUCUUUAUCUUCUUCCUCUUUCCUUUGCUUCUCUCCCUCUUCCUUCUCUUUCCAAUUCCUUCACUUCUUCUUCCUCGUCUUUCUCUUCUUUCGCCUCUUCUUCUCUUUCGUUUCCUUCUCUUUCUCUUCCUUUUGUUUUUUGUUUCUUCUCUUUCCCUUCUUUCUCUUACCCUUCCUCCGCGUUAA